AAUCUGCCUGGUAGUUUUAUUUCCCUUCAGAAGUGUUCACAGAGAUGCUGCUCAAAGGCUCCCGUCUCAUUCUUCAUUUGCUCUGCUCUGCUUUAGGUAUUUGCAUGUGAAGGUUUAACACAAGAUCCUUCCAACAUCCCAGGGUGCUGAAGUCUUCCCUUAUGAUGCCCUGCAAAGGGAAUAUAAAUGAAGUUUGUAGGGAUUUGACACUGGAUGACAGAAAAGGUAGACUUGAGGAUGGUUUUUUUUCCCUUCAGUUCACCAGAUUAGGAUGAUACGUUACAGGAUGAGGUGUAAAACGUUUUCCAGACCCCAGAAGCCAUGUGGUGAGAGCCUAGCCCAGCUAGAGAACCUGUGCAAGCAGCUCUAUGAGACCACAGACACCGCGACACGGCUGCAGGCAGAGAAAGCCCUGGUUGAGUUCACCAACAGCCCCGACUGCCUGAGCAAGUGCCAGCUGCUUCUAGAAAGAGGGAGUUCAUCCUACUCCCAGCUGCUGGCCGCUACCUGCCUUACCAAGCUCGUGUCACGCACAAACAACCCGUUACCAUUGGAACAGCGAAUAGAUAUCCGGAACUAUGUGCUCAACUACCUUGCCACGAGGCCAAAGCUGGCAACGUUUGUCACACAAGCCCUAAUCCAGUUGUAUGCCAGGAUCACAAAGUUGGGCUGGUUUGACUGUCAGAAGGAUGAAUAUGUCUUCAGGAACGUGAUCACAGAUGUCACAAGGUUUUUACAGGAUAGUGUAGAGCACUGCAUCAUAGGAGUGACAAUCCUGUCCCAACUAACUAAUGAAAUUAAUCAAGUAAGUGCUACAGCCUUCCUCAGUGAAGCGGAUACUACUCAUCCACUGACCAAGCACAGGAAAAUUGCCUCUUCCUUCCGUGAUUCAUCUUUGUUCGAUAUUUUCACGCUGUCAUGCAAUUUACUGAAACAGGCUUCUGGGAAGAACCUGAACCUGAACGAUGAGAGCCAGCACGGGCUGCUCAUGCAGCUGCUUAAGCUCACACACAACUGCCUGAACUUUGAUUUCAUUGGCACAUCAACAGACGAGUCCUCAGAUGAUCUUUGCACUGUGCAGAUCCCAACCAGUUGGAGAUCAGCAUUCCUGGAUUCUUCAACCCUUCAGUUGUUUUUUGAUCUUUAUCAUUCCAUCCCUCCUUCGUUUUCUCCUCUGGUCCUGUCCUGCCUGGUGCAGAUAGCCUCUGUGCGCAGAUCCCUCUUCAACAACGCAGAGAGAGCAAAGUUCUUAUCUCAUCUCGUGGAUGGAGUUAAACGAAUACUGGAAAACCCCCAGAGUUUGUCAGACCCAAACAACUACCAUGAGUUCUGCCGGUUGCUGGCCCGGUUGAAAAGCAACUACCAGCUGGGAGAGCUGGUGAAGGUGGAGAACUACCCCGAGGUCAUCAGACUCAUUGCCAACUUCACCGUGACCAGCCUGCAGCACUGGGAGUUUGCCCCAAACAGCGUUCACUAUCUGCUGAGCCUGUGGCAGCGCCUGGCUGCGUCAGUGCCCUACGUUAAAGCCACAGAGCCUCACAUGCUGGAAACGUACACCCCAGAAGUCACAAAAGCUUACAUCACAUCCAGGCUGGAGUCUGUGCACAUCAUCCUGAGGGAUGGUUUGGAGGAUCCACUGGAUGAUACUGGCCUUGUACAGCAGCAGCUAGAUCAGCUGUCCACCAUUGGCCGGUGCGAGUACGAGAAGACCUGUGCUCUGCUCGUGCAGCUCUUUGACCAGUCAGCCCAGUCCUACCAGGAGCUGCUGCAGAGUGCCACUGCCAGCCCCAUGGACGUUGCUGUACAAGAAGGGCGCCUGACAUGGCUCGUCUAUAUCAUCGGGGCAGUGAUCGGUGGCAGGGUCUCCUUCGCCAGCACGGAUGAGCAGGAUGCGAUGGAUGGCGAGUUGGUCUGUCGGGUGCUGCAGCUGAUGAACUUGACGGACUCUCGCCUGGCACAGGCAGGGAAUGAGAAGCUGGAGCUUGCCAUGCUGAGCUUCUUCGAGCAGUUCCGCAAGAUCUACAUUGGAGAUCAGGUGCAGAAGUCUUCCAAGCUCUACCGCCGCCUCUCGGAGGUCCUGGGGCUGAAUGAUGAGACCAUGGUCCUGAGCGUCUUCAUAGGAAAAAUCAUCACCAACUUGAAGUACUGGGGUCGGUGCGAGCCCAUCACCUCCAAGACGCUGCAGCUGCUCAAUGACCUCUCCAUUGGGUACAGCAGUGUUAGAAAGCUGGUGAAGCUGAGCGCUGUACAGUUCAUGCUGAACAAUCACACGAGUGAGCACUUUUCCUUCCUGGGUAUUAACAAUCAGUCCAACCUGACUGACAUGAGGUGUCGGACUACGUUCUACACUGCACUUGGGCGUCUUCUCAUGGUGGAUUUAGGGGAAGAUGAAGAUCAGUAUGAGCAGUUCAUGCUUCCUCUCACAGCUGCCUUUGAGACUGUGGCACAGAUGUUCAGUACAAAUACUUUCAAUGAACAAGAGGCAAAAAGAACUUUGGUUGGCUUGGUGAGAGACUUGAGGGGAAUAGCCUUUGCCUUCAAUGCCAAGACCAGCUUCAUGAUGCUGUUUGAGUGGAUUUACCCAUCCUACAUGCCAAUCCUGCAGCGGGCCAUUGAGCUCUGGUACCAUGACCCUGCCUGCACUACACCCGUCCUCAAACUGAUGGCUGAGCUGGUACAUAAUAGAUCCCAACGGCUGCAGUUUGAUGUGUCCUCUCCCAAUGGCAUCCUGCUCUUCCGAGAAACGAGUAAAAUGAUAACUACAUAUGGAAAUCGUAUCCUAACGCUUGGGGAGGUCCCAAAGGAUCAAGUCUAUGCCUUGAAGCUCAAGGGGAUUUCCAUCUGCUUCUCUAUGCUGAAGGCUGCACUGAGCGGGAGCUACGUCAACUUUGGGGUCUUCCGUCUGUACGGGGAUGAUGCACUGGACAAUGCCUUGCAAACCUUUAUCAAGCUUCUGCUUUCCAUCCCUCACAGUGACCUCCUGGAUUAUCCCAAGCUCAGCCAGUCAUACUAUUCCUUGCUGGAAGUUCUUACCCAGGACCACAUGAACUUUAUAGCCAGUCUGGAGCCUCAUGUGAUCAUGUACAUUCUCUCUUCCAUUUCAGAAGGUCUCACUGCACUAGACACCAUGGUUUGCACAGGCUGCUGCUCCUGUUUGGACCACAUUGUCACCUAUCUCUUCAAGCAACUCUCUCGCAGCACCAAGAAGAGGAGCACACCUCUGACCCAGGAGAGCGACCGCUUCCUGCACAUCAUGCAGCAGCACCCGGAGAUGAUUCAGCAGAUGCUGUCAACAGUGCUGAACAUCAUCAUCUUUGAGGACUGCAGGAACCAGUGGUCAAUGUCGCGGCCUCUGCUUGGCUUAAUACUGCUCAAUGAGAAGUAUUUCUCGGACUUGAGGAACAGCAUAGUGAACAGCCAGCCCCCGGAGAAGCAGCAGGCGAUGCACCUCUGCUUCGAGAACCUCAUGGAGGGCAUCGAACGCAACCUCCUGACCAAGAACAGGGACAGGUUCACACAAAACCUGUCGGCCUUCAGGCGGGAGGUGAACGACUCCAUGAAGAACUCCACCUACGGCGUCAACAGCAACGACAUGAUGAGCUGACAUCUCCCAGGCCCCCUGUACAGAGCAGCAUCUCUUUGGCCUGGCCCAGAGGGGUAACCAUUUCCGAUGGAAAGAAAAGAGGGCGUUUCUAAAUCCCUGCUCUUCCCCCAGGGCUGGAUUGCGGCCCACCCAUGCUCCACAUCCCAGGGGAGGAGGGAACAGGAGGGGUUGUUGAGCUCACGGGGCAGGGUGCUUCUGUUUCCAUGGGAAGGGGGUGGAAGGGCAUAAAGCCAAGUGCAAGAAUCCAACGUCUCCCAGCCCGAAUGUCUGCGUGGAACGCCAGCGCUCUGCUGCAGUCUGCCUUGUAUAAAACAUGUACAUUUUUUCAUAACAUUUUGAACAAGGUUUAUAUUGACUCAGUUUAAAAAAAAGAAAAAAAAGGAAAAAAAAAGAAAAAAAAGGCAAAAAAAAAAAGGCAAAAAAGGGUGUGAUUGGGCAUUUUUACAGUCCUGGUGCACCGGUGCUGCGGGAGGGUGUGAGUGAGGAAAGCGUGGCCUGAAGCUUUACUGGGCGAGGGGUGGCUGUGUGAAAGUGCAGAGAUCUAUUUAGUGACAGUGUAGAGAGAAAUGAAAAAACCACAAAAAAACAACACAAAAACCGAGAAAAAAAGGAAAAAGGCAAAAAAAAAAAAGAAAAAGGCAUUGUAAAAUUCCAAAAUGUAUAUUUUUUCUUAUUAAGCCCCUUGAAAUCACAACUCCCCCCCCCUCCUGCCCUUGUUAUUAGGAACUCUAAGCCAUGGCGCGUGCUCUCUCAUUCGUGCUUGCUUGUGGGUGUCUCCUGUCCCCCCGCUGUCGCAGCAGUAGGCACUGUCCCCUCGUCACCCUGCUCCCCCAGGGCCCUCGCCUCCCUCCGCUCCCCCUUUCUUUUGGCUUUUAGGGUGUCUUUUCUCCCCCCUCAGCCGAGCAGGAGCACAGGGGGAUGCUCCCGGGGCCCGCAGCACACGGAGGAGGGUUCUUAAUAACAAGGUUUUGCCUCGCAUGAAGUAUCCCCCCUUUGGGAACGAUUCCAUUCUCUUUGGAAGCCACCACAAUGUGUUUUGGAUCUCAAACCCACUUCUGGAGGAAAGCAACGGGGGAGGGAACCUGUUUGCCUUGUACUUUUUCCACUAUUGUUGCUGCUAGUCGUGUGCAUCCCCUUGCUCAGCUCUUCCCACACUCUGUCCUCGGGGCUCUCGUUUCUCUGCCCAGGCACCACCUUCUCAGUUUAUUUUAUUUCCUUCAUUUUCUUUUUCUCCCCGUUUUCUUCCCUCUGGCGCCUGUGUGUUGGGUCCUUUCCGCGUGAGCAGAUUGCUGGUUGACUUGUAAGGGUGUUUGCUGCAUACAGUGUAAGCAUUGUGACUGCAAAUAAAAUUUCAAUGGUUUCUACUGA